UCGCCUACCAGCCUGUCGUCAUCACAUUGCUGACGUCGACAAUUGCUGUUGGCGGGACGACUUUACCAUGCAUGGCCAUGACCUAGCUCGACAAGUAAUAAAUUUUUAUCACCAUCACUUUGUUUAUCCUCCACGCGAUUGUCCGGGAGUUUUCUCAAAGAAUAUUAUACUAUGAAGCCAAAAUUCAAAAUCCCUUUCGAGUUGUUACCCCUUGCAGCUGCUAUUUCUACUGCUGUGGGUAUCGCCGGCUUUACAAUUGCCCGUAAAUUAUACCGUGACAAGACCAUCCGCGUAAACCCAGCUGAACGGAAACAAAUGUAGGCAAAUCGCCGGACACGGGGCAAAUAAGAAGGUACUGAGAAACUCAAGGAGGCGUCCAACCUCGGAUCCUCCUCCACUCCAUUCGCAACACACCGACAAGUCCCACGGCCCAGGCACGUAGUAGCGAAAUGAACACAGCAAUAAGAUACGCACCAACAAGUACCCGCUUCCACACAUGCCAACAGUAAUAAAACACACUCCAGCCCACUACUACACCCCUUCCUCUCUUAACUCAAGAGUUCUAAUAUAG